AUGUCGUGGUUUGGACGAGCAACAUCAGAUGCUCCAGUGGCAACAAUUUCUCAAGUCGAAUUAGAUAAUAAAAUCGUGGAAGCAACAUCAGAAUCUAUCCCUAAUGGAGAAAUUGAUUUAUCAAUAGCAUUUGAAAUCACUGAUUUAAUUCGUUCGAAAAAAAUUCUGAAUAAAAUUGCCAUGAGAUCAUUAAAAAAACGAUUAACAUUAAUUUAUUUAAAUCCAAAUUUAUUAUUAUCAAGUUUAAAAUUAAUUGAUUUAUGUAUUAAGAAUUGUGGAUUUGGAUUUUUGAUUGAAAUUAGUUCUAAAGAAUUCAUGGACUAUUUAAUUGAUUUCAUAUUCAAAAUUCAUUACAAUACUAAGGAGUUGACAUAUGGUCAUGGUGGCGGUGAUGUGGGCAAUAAAAUUAAAAUUGGAGAAAUGAUUUUAAAAUAUUUACAAAAUUGGAAAAUCAUAUUUGAAAAUCAACAACAAUUGCAAUAUGUUGAAAAAAAAUAUCAAGAAUUAAAAAAUCAAGGAUUUGAAUUCCCCGAUAAUAAUAAUAAUAGCGGUGAAAAUGAUGAUUUUAAUGACCAAGUAACACAAUUGAAUAGUAAAUUUGUUGUUGAUUCAGAAGUUCCACCUGAUUGGGUAGAUAAUGAAGAAUGUAUGAUUUGUUAUUCCCCAUUUUCCAUGCUUAAUAGAAAGCAUCAUUGUCGUGCUUGUGGGGGAGUUUUCUGUCAAACUCAUUCAAGCAAUAAUAUCCCUUUAGUUAAUUUAGGAAUUAUGGAACCAGUAAGAGUGUGUGAUAAUUGUUUUGCUAAAUAUGAUAAAUCGAAAAAACAUCUGAGAAAUACUAGUAGUAGUGGGGAUUAUAAUCAUCAACUGAGAUCAAUUCAAAAUGAUUAUGGUGGUACCCAUGGAUCAAGAAGACAAGGAAAUAACAACGACGAUGACAACGACGAAGAAGAACAAAUUAGAAAGGCAAUCGAAUUAAGUCUCAAAGAAUCUGGCGCUGGUGGUAGUGGUAGUGGCGGACCAAACUCGAUACCAUCACAAUCAAGACCUUCAGCACAACCACCAAUUGAUCGAGAACCAGAACUGGAAACGGGUAAUGCCGAUGACGAUGAAGAUGCCGAAAUGAAAGCAGCAAUUGCGGCAAGUUUAAAAGAAUAUGAAACAGAAAAAUCAAGACAAUCUCAAUAUCAACAAAUACAACCAGUUCAAUCUACUCAAUCAACUCAACCAGAACUGGAUUUGUAUAAUAUUAGUUUUCCAACAUUUUCAUCAACUUCAAAUUAUCCACAACCACAAUUCACUGCAUCACAACCACCACCACAACAACAGCAGCAGCAGCAGGCCCAACAACAAGCUCCAUCACAAGAUUUAUCACAAGCAGAAGAAGAACAAAUCAAUUUAUUUAUUACCUUAAUGAAUAGUAUUAAAAAUGAUUCAAGAAAACAAAAAGAUAUUAUGUAUGAUACCAAUUUAAAUGAAUUAUAUGGUAAAGUAAUUAAACUUAGACCUAAAUUAAAUAAAUCUUUAAGAAAUUCAAUUGAAAAAUAUGAAACAUUUUUAGAAAUGAAUAAUAAAAUUUCAACUAUAACUAGAUUAUAUGAUCAAUUUUUGGAACAGAAAUUAAAUAUGGCAUAUGGAAAUCAUCAUAUUAGUACACAAUUUACUGGAGUUCCACAACAACAACAGGAAGGUCAAUUCACUGGUAGCCAACAACAACAACAGCAACAACAACCUCAUCUUCCAGCUCAAGGUACUGGUUAUCCUCGUUAUGGUGGAUCUGAUACCAAUGUAGCACAACAACAACAACAGCCACCAAUUUCACCUAAUGAAUUUUAUAAUAAUCUACCACAACAUACAGGAUUUCAAAAUUAUCCAUCAUAUCCUCAAAAUCAAGGGACGGCACCUGAUAAUUCAUAUCUUUCACAACAACCAUCAGGAGCUUCCACAAGGCAAAAACAGCAACAGCCACCAAUACAAACCUAUCCAAAUCAAUUACAACCAUCUGAACCCGAUUUUGAAGAUGAUGAUAAUGAGGAACCUGUUAAUACCCCACAAAUCAGAGUAGCACAUAAUCGAACAUCUUCUGGUAGUUGUCCACUUUAUCCAACUAAUGAUAUUAUCCCUGAUCCUUAUAGCGCUAACACUAACAAAUCGACUACACCUAAUAGCGAUGAUCAUAAUUAUGUGGCAGUUUCAUUACCUCAUUAUCCUCCACCAGAAGAUUUAAGUAAUGAAUUACCACCACAACAACAUUAUGUUAGAAGAGCAUCUUCUUCAUUACCACCAAAUGCUUAUGAAGAUGCAAGUUUAAAAUAUCCUACAUUAGAAAAUGUUGAACAUGAUUAUGAUAAGAAGAAGAACCAGGAGCAACAACAAUCAGUUAAUGAGAGUGAUUUCCCUGAUGUUUCAAAAGUAUCACAAUUUAAUAAUAGAGGAGAAGAAGAUGAAGGAAGAAGAAAUAGUGGUGCCAGUGGUGCAAGUAGUAAUAAGAAAUUUGUUGUUGAACCAGAACCAUUAAUUGAAUUAUAA